AUGGCGACCACAGAGCUUCGUGUCCAGGUCCCAUGGGGCCAAAUCAGAGGUCGCGUGUGGGGCCCCCGGCACGGCUACCCUGUGUUGUGUCUGCAUGGAUGGGCUGACAACUGCGGGUCUUUUAACACACUUAUUCCACUGCUAUCCAAAGAGUUUAGAUAUGUAGCUGUGGACCUGGCAGGCCAUGGGCUCUCAUCGCACCAUCCUCCUGGAGUCUUCUACACCUUGCUUUCAUAUGUGGCAGAUGUCUACAGGGUUAUCGACUAUCUUCAAGUGACAAAAUUGUCUAUCAUUGGGCACAGUAUGGGUGGUCACAUUGCUGGAAUGGUCAGUGCCCUAUUCCCGGAGAUAGUGGAGGCUCUUGUCCUUCUGGAUGCUACACAGUUUGUAGUUACAGAUUUGAGACAAACCACCUCCAAAAUUAGACAAGGACUGGACGAGAUUAUUCGGUUUGAGAAGACGACAAAGAAAGACAGAGUAUACACUUAUGCCAAGGCACUCGACAGGCUGUUGGCUGCAAACCCGUUAACAAAACCAUCGGCACAAACACUUCUAGAGCGAGGUCUAGUCUCCGUUGAAGGAGGAUUUGCGUUUUCUAGAGAUCUGCGAGUAAAUUUUAAAGACGUUGUUCGCAUGAGUUUGGAGCAGAGCUUGGAAAUGCAUUCAAACACAAAAGCCAGGGUCCUUGUUAUUCUAGCAGAGCAAGGAUAUUUUAAGGACACACUUUCCUCAAAAAUAAAGCAUUUCCAGGAACGAAAUCAUAUAUGUGUGACGGUGCAAGGCGAUCAUCAUGUCCAUUUGAAUAACCCACAACUUAUUGUGUCAUUUAUCUCCAAGUUUCUACAGACAAACAUCACAUCUCUUUCAGCCAAAUUGUAG